CGCCUGCCGGCCGCUGAUCGCUUGCUGGCUUGUUCGGCGGCGCUCUGAGGUGUGUGGGGCGUGAAGUUCGCCCGGCCCCGUGAGGCGUGGCGCGGCGGGAUGCUGCGGCUGCUGUAGCGGGGCCGCUGGCCGAGCGGACGGGCGCGGUGAUGAGCGUCGGCGGCCGCUGCCAUGUCCAAGGUAACUGCGCCCAGUCCCGGGCCGCCGGUGGCGGCGGCGGCGGGCGGGAAGGAGAAGCGCUCCUUCAGCAAGCGGCUAUUCCGGAGCGGCCGCGCGGGCGCGGGCGCCGGCGCAGGGAGUCCCGCGGGGCCCGGGCCGGCUGCUCCCGCCUCGCCCUCCUCGGCGCGCUCUGUGGGCAGCUUCAUGAGCCGCGUCCUCAAGACGCUUUCCACGCUCUCGCACCUUAGCUCGGAGGGCGCCACCCCCGACCGCGGCGGCCUCCGCAGCUGCUUCCCGCCCGGGCCGGCCGCCGCGCCCGCGCCACCGCCGUGCCCACCGCCGCCCGCCGCGCCCGCCGCGCCCGCCGCGCCCGCGCCGCCCGCCUGCGCCGCCGAGCCGGUCCCGGGGGUGGCGGGGCUCCGCAACCACGGCAACACGUGCUUCAUGAACGCCACGCUGCAGUGCCUCAGCAACACUGAGCUGUUCGCCGAGUACCUGGCGCUGGGCCAGUACCGGGCGGGGCGGCCGGAGCCCGAGCCCGAGCCGCCGGCGGACCGCGGCGCGCAGGGCCGGGGCGAGGUCACCGAGCAGCUGGCACACCUGGUGCGGGCCCUCUGGACCCUGGAGUACACCCCGCAGCACAGCCGAGACUUCAAGAGUAUUGUAUCAAAGAACGCACUGCAAUAUCGGGGGAAUUCCCAGCAUGAUGCCCAGGAGUUUCUGCUGUGGCUUUUGGACCGAGUUCAUGAAGACCUCAAUCAUGUUGUGAAGCAGAGUGGCCAGCCUCUUCUGAAGCCACCAUCAGAGACUGAUAUGAUGCCUGAGGGACCAUCCUUUCCUGUCUGUAGCACUUUUGUACAAGAACUUUUUCAAGCCCAGUACAGAUCUUCAUUGACAUGUCCUCAUUGUCAGAAACAGAGCAAUACUUUUGACCCUUUCCUCUGCAUCUCUUUGCCAAUUCCUCUACCCCACACAAGGCCUUUGUAUGUCACCGUAGUGUAUCAAGGGAAAUGCUCUCACUGCAUGAGGAUCGGUGUGGCCGUGCCUUUGUCUGGGAGUGUCGGCAGACUUCGAGAAGCAGUGUCCAUGGAAACAAAGAUCCCCACGGAUCAGAUUGUGUUAACGGAAAUGUACUAUGAUGGGUUCCAUCGUUCCUUCUGUGACACAGACGAUCUGGAAACAGUCCAUGAAAGCGACUGCAUUUUUGCAUUUGAGACUCCAGAAAUAUUUAGGCCUGAAGGAAUUCUCAGUCAAAGAGGAAUUUACUUAAACAAUAAUCUAAACCACUUGAAAUUUGGCUUGGAUCACCAUAGACUGUCUUCCUCUACACAAACAGCAGCAAAGCAAGGGAAAAUGGACUUGCCCUCUACAAGAGCGGGGAGUGACAAGAUUGUUCUCUUGGUGUGUAACCGAGCCUGUACUGGACAGCAGGGGAAAAGGUUUGGACUGCCUUUUGUGCUGCACUUAGAGAAGACUAUAGCAUGGGACCUUCUGCAGAAGGAGAUCUUGGAGAAGAUGAAGUAUUUCUUGAGGCCCACGGUUUGUAUUCAGGUGUGUCCAUUCAGUUUGCGUGUGGUCAGUGUUGUAGGAAUAACAUACUUACUGCCCCAGGAGGAAAAGCCCCUGUGCCACCCAACAGUAGAAAGGGCAUUAAAAUCUUGUGGACCAGGUGGCACUGCUCAUGUGAAAUUAGUAGUAGAGUGGGACAAGGAGACAAAAGAUUUCUUGUUUGUAAAUACCGAAGAUGAGUAUAUCCCUGAUGCAGAAAGUGUCCGUCUGCAGAAGGAGCGUCAUCAUCAGCCUCAAACUUGCACUUUAUCCCAGUGUUUCCAACUCUACACCAAAGAGGAACGGCUUGCCCCAGAUGAUGCCUGGCGUUGUCCACACUGUAAGCAGCUGCAGCAGGGGAGCAUUACAUUAAGCCUGUGGACUCUGCCUGACGUGCUUAUUAUACAUCUGAAGAGAUUUCGACAGGAAGGAGACAGGCGUAUGAAACUUCAGAACAUGGUCAAGUUCCCCUUGACUGGCCUGGACAUGACACCUCAUGUGGUGAAGAGAAGCCAGAGCAGCUGGAGUUUGCCAUCACAUUGGUCCCCAUGGAGACGGCCCUAUGGACUCGGGAGGGACCCUGAGGACUACAUCUAUGACCUGUAUGCUGUGUGCAAUCAUCACGGCACCAUGCAAGGGGGGCACUACACAGCCUACUGUAAGAACUCUGUGGAUGGUCUCUGGUACUGCUUUGAUGACAGUGAUGUGCAGCAGCUGUCAGAAGAUGAGGUCUGCACACAGAUGGCAUACAUCCUGUUUUACCAGAGAAGGACGGCUAUACCCUCCUGGUCAGCCAACAGCUCAGUGGCAGGCUCCACAAGUUCUUCCCUGUGUGAACACUGGGUGAGUCGGCUCCCAGGGAGCAAGCAAGCCAGUGUAACGUCUGCGGCUUCCUCCAGACGCACCUCCCUGGCCUCGCUCUCAGAGUCCAUGGAGAUGACUGGAGAAAGGAGUGAAGAUGAUGGAGGCUUUUCAACUCGACCGUUCGUGAGAAGUGUCCAACGUCAAAGCUUGUCAUCCAGAUCCUCUGUUACCAGCCCCUUGGCCAUCAGUGAAAAUUGCAUUAGACCUUCUUGGUCCCUGUCUGCUAAGCUGCAGAUGCGCUCCAACUCUCCUUCCCGAUUCUCAGGAGACUCUCCAAUUCAUACAUCUGCCUCCACCUUGGAGAAGAUUGGGGAGGCAGUGGAUGACAAGGUCUCCAUCUCUUGCUUUGGUAGCUUGAGGAACCUUGCUAGCAGUUACCAGGAACCAAGUGAUAGUCAUAGACGACAUGAGCACAAGACUAUGGGUCGGGCCCCUCUGGCUGUCAUGGAAGGUGUGUUCAGAGACGAAUCAGACACCCGCAAAUUAAACUCCAGUCUUAUAGACAUAAAGAGCAAAAACUCAGCACAAGGGGAUCGCUUGCCCCCCAUCUGUGAUCCAUUUGAUAACAAUAACCAGAUUGCUUAUGUGGAUCAGAGUGAUUCUGUAGACAGCUCUCCAGUCAAAGAAGUGAAACCCCCAAGCCUUCCAGGCUCACUCACAAAGAAACCAGAGACCACAACCAAGAGAUCGCCCAGCUCCAAACGCAUUUCUGAGCCAGAUAAAAGCUUGCGGAAGGGGAGACCAGUCUUGGCAAGCCAGGAAUCAUCUCUUUCAAGUACAUCUCCUUCUUCUCCUGUUCCUGUCAAAGUUUCUACAAAGCACCCCCGCUCCCGAAGCAAAGCAGAUUCUUCCUCUAGGGCCAGUAGACGUCAUUCAUCCCCUGCCUCUGCCCAACCCAAAAAGGAGUCAUCGCCUAAAUCCCAGGACCUCACAUCGUCUCCUUCACCACAGAAGGAGAAGCCCACUUCUUCCCUCACUUGCACUACUUCUUCCGCAUCUGCCAAAAAAGCCUCGGGCUCUGCCACAAGGGGACCCUUCCCUCUUGGAAAGAGCAGGACUUCGGACAGAAGCCUAAGUAGGGAGGGCUCCAGACAAAGCUUGGGUUCUGACAGAACCAGCGUCACCUCCGUUUCCAAACCCAACUCCCCUCGGGUGGGUCAGGCCAGAGUUGGGGAGAGCAGAGGGGAUGGGAAGCAUGUCAGGAGCUCUUCCAUGGCCAGCCUGCGGUCCCCCAACACAAGUGUGAAGUCUGGUCUGAAGAGAGACAGCAAAUCUGAGGACAAGGGACUGUCCUUCUUCAAAUCAGCCUUGAGGCAGAAGGAAACCCGGCGGUCAACAGAUCUUGGCAAAACAACCUUGCUCUCCAAAAAGGCAGGCGGGAGCUCUGUCAAGUCGGUUUGUAGGGGUGCAGUGGAUGAUAAGUCAGAGAAAGGCCACCAGCCUCCAGGUUCCCAGCAGCCAGAUGCAAAUGCAGUUGGAAAAGAACAGCUUAUCUCCAAGGAUCCUGGUUCUGCUAAACAUUCCCUGCUGUCUGCUCGUAGAUCCAAGUCUUCCCAGCUAGAUGCAGUUCCCUCAUCUCCUGGUGGCAGGCAGUCUGCUGAGAAAUCCUCAAAAAAGUUAUCUUCUAGCAUGCAAACCUCUGCACGGCCUUCUCAAAAACCUCAGUGAUAUUUCUGCAAUCCAAGUGUUUUAUCUGUAUAGAUGUUUAUUUAUUUAGAAUCCCUCCCCUCCCACCAAAGCCCUCUAUGCUUUUGUUUUGUGUUUUUUGGGCCAUGUGCCUGGUGUGUGUGUAUGUGUAUGUGUGAGUGUGUGUGUGUGAGGAGAAUUCAAUUGCAAAUUGUUAAAAGCGUCGCCUUAUUCUGCCAUUGAACCAAAUAACAGCCAUAGGCAAAGUAUCGAUACCAAGCUAACUGGAAUAAUUGUAGACAAUACCUUGGACAGUCCCUUUAGCAGUUGUACAUAUUUCUUUCUAGAGAACUCUAAUGAUUUUUGUCAGACACUAGGGUUUUGAAACCUGUGAACCAGUUAAGCUGUCAUUAAUUAGUGCACUCUGUAGAAGGAUGAAUUAUUUGAUUUGGGUUUCAUCUGAGAAGGAUUUGUCUUCAUUAUGGAUUGUCUUGUGGUACCGGGAGCUCUAAAAACUGUGACAGGAACAAUGAGACAAACUGAUGGAAAACUGUUGCUUUCUGCACUUUCGCCCCAUCUGCCGGUUUUUGUAAAAGGCAAUAUUUUAACACUAAUGUUUCUCAGGUAUAUACUAAGCUAGACUAGGAAGUAUAGGAUACACAUCAGUGAAUGGAUUAAAGAGGAAGGUGAUGUGUGGGUGACUGUGUCAUUUCUCCUACUGCCACAGAUGGAAGGUUUUAGAAGUAGGAAUGAGGUGUUUACCUUCCUUCAUAUCUGCAAAGUUAGUGUGUGCUGUAAGCUGUCUUGAGAGUCAAGAGGUGGCAAAUUGGAUAGCCAGAAAGCCAGCCACUAGUGGUUAAAUUUUUUUCUCUUCUAAAUUUGCUAGCCAAGGCCAUUGGGGUUUUGAAAUAUGGUAGAGCAGUUAAUAUCUUUGAAAGAUUCCUGGAAAAAAAUGGAUUCUAAACUGGAUGCACACAUCUAUACACCAUUUUCCUUUUAUUUGGUGUUGCUUCUUUGCAUGUUAAAAGUUGAAAGCUCCAUGUUGCCCUGUGUUUGCCUGCUUAUGUUUCCUUGUCUUGUAAUUUCAAGAAGAAAGAAGUUAUCUAAUGCCAAAAAUCAGUGAUGGCAUGUUAAAGGGAUGGGUGACAAAGUAUUACAUGUCCAUCUCUGAGUCUACCUAUUAGUUUUAGUUAGGACUGUUUCCAGUAAUUCAUUCAUUUCUUCUUCAUGCUGAAGUUUUAGUCUCUUAUCCAGAACUCCAAGCAGGAUUGGAGUGUGUUCCAUCUGGCAGCAUUGGUGCAUAUUAUAUAUCUUACUUAGGAAAAAAGUGAACCUCACAAAAAUCUUACACUUUUAACAAGAUACAUAGUUUUUCAAGCUUUUUGGUGGUAUCCUGGUAAUAGUUUCCUGGUCAGUUUUUAGGGUUUUUUUUGUUUUUGUUUUUUAAUGUCAAGAAAGUCAUGGCCCCAAUUCUCUUUGAAUAGCACUUGUCGUUUUGCUGCAAAACAGCAGGCUAAGCCUGUGUGCUUUCACGUUUGUGGGUUUUUUUGUUUGUUUUGUUUGUUUGUUUUUUUCCAGAUAGAGACCUCAAGUUCUUCCUGAACUCUUGGUGCGCAGAUCCAUUUAUAAAGUUCCUUUUCAAUUUGCUGUGUAUGAAGUGAACAGAACACAUCUACAUGCACAGCUGUGAAUACUACACUGCCCAUUUGUUUCUUUUCUUUCUUUUUUUUCUCCCAUGAACACCUCUUGGGAACUGUUCCCUGUAGGCUCCUUUAUUUUGCUGCUGAUUGGGGCAUUAGCAGGUAGCUUGCAAGUCUGGAGACCAUUUUUGUUAAGGGUAGCUGGAAUUUCAGACCCUUCCAAGAUUUAAGACUUCCAUAUUCAGCCUUGUGAAAGUUACCAUAGUGCUCAAAGUAGUUUAACCUUGAGUUUUACUAUUGCACCCUGUCCUGUUGUUACCCAUUGCACCUUGUCCUUACUCACCACUUCACUGGGCCCAUUGCACCCAGUCCUUACUCACCACUUACUGGGUUUCCUUGUGUUACUGUGCAGUCUUCUUUGGGAUCCCAGUGCAGCCUUGCUCUCCUCUGCUUCAGUGUGGCUCCUGGAUGACUGCCUGCAACAUCACAUUGGUAGCCCUAUCAGUGUAUAGCCCCUGCUGGUUUUCCUGUGUCACUUUUAUUUCCUCAAAAAGAUGUACCAUGUGUGGGGAUUGUCAAUAUCAGGAACUGAAUAUUUGUCUAAUUUGAACCUCUCAUCUAUCUUUAGGUAGAUCUCAUUUGAAAUCUGAGUCUCUGAAGCCAUCUUAGAAUUAUAGUUUGAUUAGA